AUGCCCGAAUGACAGAAACUCGCAUACGUGCAAGUGAAUGGAGCAGAUGGAGUAGUCCAACACCUCAGUCGCAACCUGGUAGGUGGACACGAAUGGUUGAACAAAACUCAUCAUCGGACGACUCAACACAGCCCCCAGAGAUGGUUUUGGGUAUUGAGUUUCCUGAAAUUAGCAAUGGUUCAAAUACAAGGCCUGAGAACAAUGGGAAACUACCAAUGCGGAGGUGUCGUGGACCAGCUGGGUGCAUUGAGUUUAUGAAGCUUCGUAAGCAUGGUCUCAUUCCUUUGAAGAGUAAUGAUGAUGAGAGGGCACCAUCAUGUGAGAAUGUCGUGUUCUAUACAACAAGGGUGACAUGGAUUAUCAAGCAUCAUGCAACCAUGACUCAAAAUACUUGGGAUGCUGUAGAUACACAAGAAAAAGAGGAGUUGAUCAAUCGUGUCCAGGCUGAUUUCAUUCUAGAUUGGAGCAAAAGGAAUCAUCGCGAGAUGGUCAAGAAGAACCUCAGGAAGAAGUUCAAUGACUUUCACUACCAGCUUCAUAAAAUAUACUUGGGUUGUGCAACACACGAUGAGGCAUUAGUAAAAUCAACCUCGUUGGUGGAACUAGACGUAUGGAAAAAGUUAUGUGGGAGAUGGGGUAACGACAAAUUCAAGGUAACAAGUGACGUAUAAACAGUUUGAAAAUAUAAGAUAGUUUUACAUUUGAUGCAAUUUAUUGGAAAGAGAUAUGUGUUGAGUAUUGUUAACAUUGCCAUUAUAAAUAUUGCAGAAAAUAUCCAAUUAAAAUAAGGCCAA